AUGUCAACUAGUCAAAGUACCCAAUCAAACCAAGAUCCUGCAACCACCUCUUUUACAUCCACUUUCUAUAUCUUUGAAACCGGCGAAAUGAAAAGAUAUCGCAAAUACUGGUGGAAAACUGGUAAAAUACACUCGAAGGCCAGGUGGGAAGAGGCAAUCUUGUUACUGGGGUAUCUUAUGAUACUUAUGUCGAACAUACGGAUAAAUAUAAUAUUCACGGCUGGUGGGAGUGGGAAAAUGGGACCGUCCGUGUCAUUGAGUUACCCACAAAAUUUCACGAGCGUUGUGCUCGAUGAAGUUGCUAUAGCAACUAGAAAUGUGAUGAGCACUAACGUCGGCAUUCUUAAUGAUGGAUCUACAACAACAAAGACUCCUAGUACAGGCAAAGAAGCUGAUGGAUCAUGGACACCAGUAGCGAAACCUCGAUUGAUUAGUGGCGGAAGUGACGAAAGUGGUACUCAGCCCUGGCCGAAUCUAGUAGUAGAAGUUGCGUACAAACAAUCUGAAGCGGAUGUUAAAACUAAAGUCGAAACUUACUGGACUCAAGGUGGUCGAGCUCAUGAUGCUAUUGCAAUUAAAAUAGAGGAACCUGUCGCGCCAGCUACAAGACCUUCAGUGAUGACGGCAUGGCAUUAUUGUACAAAUAAUCGAACAGCUACCGGUGAAUUAAAUCCCACGAUGUAUGAAUUUGGAACUAUUGACCGAAGUGGAAAUCAGAUCAACCUGGUACCAUCUAAUGUUACGAAUCCGCCGCCACCACCAACUCCUCAACUUCCUCCACCUAACCUCUUUGCUACUUUACCUAAUCCCAUUUCCAUUGAUAUGUUUCACGCUCAGUUUGCUAUUUUAAAUAAUUAA